CCGCCACACAACAAUCACCACGCGUGUAGAAUCAUGUGCAAUCCCUCGCCAACGACGAUCGCCUUCUUCUCGAUUGUUGACACACCCUGCAUGAGAUGCCUACUCGCUUGCGAAUGCGCAAAGACUAGUCUGAAAUCGAGACCGCGGACGUCCUCAUAGGGCAGCCUUGCUGAGAAGGAGAACGCCCACACCCCAGACUGCACUAGUGAUCGACGCUGGAACUGGAACGGCUAGAUGGGAUUGGUUUUCACGGGCAACUCCACAUGCGCUGCCCAACCCAGAUCAGUGCUGGCAUGCCGCCGAGAAGAGUUGGCCAUACAUCGCGUGUUGGGCCCGUGUGGUAUGUGCAGUAACUCCUUGCCCUCAUCAACAUCUAUACAUAUAGUGAGGCUGAUACCCCGACUGCCACCUUCUAUCAUUCCUUCGUUUGCGUCCACGGCGAGACAUGGCUGCUCUCCUUACUCUCAGGCUAUUGCUGACGUGGGUGACCCCGGCCCUGGGAGCUGCGGUGUCACCCCGGAUGACGCUGGACAACGGGACCUUCUUGGGUAUUUCUGGCUCUGCCAACACGCACAGCUAUUUGGGGAUCCCCUUCGCAAAGCCGCCUGUUGGGCCUCUGCGCUUCAACCUGCCGGCUCCCGUAGACGCUUACCACGGGGACUUCAAUGCGACGUCGAUGGGAUUCUCUUGCCCACAACAAUAUGUCAGGGUGCCGAUCCUGACGGGCAUCGCCGACCAGCUCGUGAGCACGCUCUGGUCCAAGUACUAUAGCGGAAAGUACCCCGACGACGAAGACUGUUUAACAAUCAACAUCAUCAAGCCGGCGAACGCGACUGCGGAUUCCAAGCUGCCUGUCGUGUUCUGGCUCUUUGCAGGCGCCUUCGAGUUUGGCACGCCGGCGCGGUACGAUGGAACACCGGUCGUCGAGCGGUCGAUUGAGAUGGGUCAGCCGAUCAUCUAUGUCUCCAUCAACUACCGUCUGUCCGCAUUCGGGUUUUUGGCGAGCAAGGAAGUGCGUGCGGCUGGUGUGGGAAAUCUGGGACUUCAGGACCAACGGGAAGCUUUACGUUGGGUGCAAAAGUACAUUUCCCAGUUUGGCGGUGAUCCUACGAAGGUUACCAUUUGGGGCGAAUCGGCUGGCGCCAUCUCCGUCUCGCUGCAGAUGCUGACUAACGGUGGCGACACGGAAGGACUGUUCCGGGCUGCCUAUAUGCAGAGUGGGUCGCCCGUGCCGGUGGGACCGGUGGAGAAUGGUCAAAAAUACUAUGACGCCAUCGUCCAACAAACUGGAUGUGGCUCUUCAAACGACACGCUGGACUGCCUGCGCGGUGUGCCCUAUGCGACAUUGAAAAGUGUGGUUGAUGCAUCUCCGUUCUUCUUGGAUUACUCGGCGUUGGUGCUGGCUUGGGUUCCCCGUGAGGACGGUAAUUUCUUGAAGGAUCACCCACAGAAACUGGUGCAGCAGGGCUCGGUGGCCAAUGUGCCCCUUGUCAGUGGCGACUGUGACGACGAGGGCACUAUCUUUUCGCUCUCGACACUGAACAUCACGACGGACGAUCAGUUCGCGAGCUGGCUCGCCACAGAAUGGGCGCCCACCUCGGGCCCGGAUGUCGUUCAAGCUUUGACCGCGGCCUACCCCAGCGACGUCAGCUUUGGCUCGCCGUAUGGUACCGGGUCCUUGAAUGCCCUCACACCCCAGUACAAGCGUAUUGCUGCGUUCCAAGGAGAUGCAGUCUUCCAUGCCCCCAGACGCUUCUUCCUGCAAUCCCAGUCGGGCAAACAGCCCAUGUGGUCCUACCUCAACAAGCGAGACAAGAUCAUCCCUGUACUCGGCUCGUUCCACACCUCGGACGUGAGCAACGUUUUCGGCAAAGGCGAGUUGACCGACUACCUCGUCAACUUUGUCACGAACCUCGAUCCAAACGGGCCGACUGUCCCUCAAUGGCCGCAGUACUCGACAGCACAGCCGAACCUGCUCACGCUGAAUGACAUUGGAUCUGGGCUGUUUGCGCCCAAGAUCGAGAUCACGCAGGAUACGUUUAGGAACGAGUCGAUUGCAGUGAUGACGCAGAUCUCGCUGGAGCAUCCGAUAUGAUUGAAUCUCGGUUUGCGGCGUGUUUUUACUGGGAUAGACACGAGGAGUGCGUCGGAAGGGAAGUCUCGACCCCAACACGCGUAUUGUUAUUGUUCAAUUCUCUGUCCUCUCUAUAGACUGCAGGUUUAUUGAUACAUACAUAAUUGGGAGUGCUUAUUUGACAUUGGCAACGUGAGCGCAGUUCGGAUGUCGUUCCCAAUUUCAUUUACCCGGGCCCUUGAUCCUUGGCUACGGGUGAAUCCGAACAGGAAUUGAAGCUUGCUGGGGAGAAGGUCGACUGGAGAAGGGGCGGACAAUGUCCUCUUGAACUAUACACUCGCCGGGAUCGAAAUGUCGAAACAUGUCUGUGUCUAGACUUGGCGCAGCACAGUCGGACGAGAUGCACGUUCCGACAGCAGCAUCAGAGGGUGGACUACUGGCACACGACCAACGCAAAGUGUGAGAGCGCAAGACGAGAAAAGAGCGCGGGCACGCCCCUUGCACCACGGGAGAAGGGCAUUUGGAUGUAACGUAUGUUCUCCAAUUGGCGCAAACAACCCAAGUAGUUGUUUUGGAAAACUUGGCGGAUCCUCGACUUUGCGCUCUGAGCGGGAUGGGGCUCUGAGAACGGGUGUACAUAUCAUGUACCUGUUCUCUGGAAUCGCGCGGCACAAAGCUUCAAGCGUCUUGGCAUCCCCAGCUGGGGAAAGAGCGUAUCCUGCUUCAGAGACUGUCACGUUCCCCGGUCAUGUCGACUGGAAUGAAAGUGAAAGGUGACAUGGUCAAGUUUCACCGGCAACCUGAAUGCACUUAUAUGAGGGCCGAGGUGUGGGGGACCGCGGCGAACGAGUACUGUGCGAACGAGAUUGAGCUUGGAUUGAGCCAGAUAAACAACUGGAAGAGUGUUGGGAGCACUAAAAACAAGAGCUUGAGUGGUGGAUAUGAACGGCCCGCGGGGCUCUUGAGGGCUACAACGGAGGGUGUAGAGGUCGCGGUCAAGUCACAAACUAAGCGUGGAGUGCUUGGUGUGCAUCACCUACGUUGACUAUCAUAUCCGAGCUCCGCCUCGUUGUUCAUGGCAGGCACGUACCAGUGCGCAUAUAAAAACAAAAGUGCGCUUGGCUGGACCACAAACAGAGACGCUCUUCAAAGAAAAAGGGGCGGCAACUUUUUCGAAUUAGGGCGGCGUGGAGCAUCGAUAUCUCGGCAGCCAAGAAGUGCUACAUCCGUGGCGAUCGUCAUUAGCCUUGGUCAGCGGAGCCUCUCCUCCCUUUUUGUCUUCUCCCGCCACUGUAUCCGCAGGCGUGCGCCUCCCGCCGCUCCACAGUUCACGCCUACAACCGACGGUCUGGAUCCAGCAACGCAUCACCACGCUUUCUGCCGGACGCGCCCAAUCACCCUGCGCGAUUUUAGCCAUUCGCCUCCGGGGUAAUCACGACCUCGACCAGGAGAGGAAAUGCUCCAUUUCAAUCCCAUCGACGUGACCGUGCCCCAUGUCGCGUAUGCCGCCUUGGGGGGAUUCGUCGUCAUCUUCGGGAUGUUCUCCCUGCUCCUCCGUGAGCGACUCUACGUCGGUGAAGCCUGCUGGGCAUUCAUUUUCGGUGUCAUUGUGGGGCCGUAUGGAGCGAAUAUAUUCAAUCCCCGAGGCUGGGCCGGCGAUGACCCCGGCACGGUCAAUACGAUAACUCUGGAGCUGACCCGUGUGGUCCUCGCCAUCGGAGUGUUCGCCAUCGGUGUCGAGCUUCCGAAAGCGUACAUGCGAAAACACUGGCGGAGCCUCUUCUUCCUGCUGGGGCCUGUGAUGACUUGGGGCUGGUUCGUUUCCGCGGCCUUCAUCUACUGGCUCAUCCCGGGCCUCAACUUCCUCUCCUCGCUUGCCGUCGCCGCGUGCCUGACGCCGACGGACCCGAUUCUUGCUGCUGCGGUCGUCGGUGGCAAGUGGGCGGACAAGCAUGUGCCGACACAUAUACGGCAUCUCUUGGCGGCGGAAAGCGGGUGCAAUGAUGGUGCUGCGUUCCCGUUCUUGUACUUGGCGUUGUACCUCAUCCUUGAUAACUCGACCAGUACCGCCGUUGGCGACUGGUUCCUCAAAUUGUGGCUCUACCAGAUCAUUCUGGGAGUCGUGAUUGGUUCCUUCAUCGGGAUCGGAUUCCGACAUCUCAUGAAGUUUUCUGAACGCGUUUCUCUUAUUGACCGACAUUCCUACGUCGCGCAAUACGUAUCGCUCGCGCUACUCACGAUCGGCACAACGACCCUGCUCGGUUCAGACGAUCUGCUCAGUGCCUUCGCAUGCGGAACGGCCUUUGCCUGGGACGGUUUCUUCAACAGGCAGACGGAGGAGUCCGUCUUCUCCUCUGUGAUCGAUCUGCUGUUCAACUGUGCUGCUUUCAUCUACGUGGGGGCCUGGAUGCCUUUCUCCUCCUUCAGCGAUCCCUCGGGCACCACGCUGCAAGUCUGGCGGCUGGUCGUCAUCGCCAUCUGCGUCAUGGUUCUGCGUCGGCUGCCUAUCAUGGUGGCGAUGUACCGAUGGAUCCCGGAUAUCAAAACGUCGCGCGAGGCUAUCUUCAGUGGUCAUUUCGGGCCGAUUGGAGUGGGGGCAGUCUUCAUCUCGACACUUGCUACGGAGGUGCUGGAAGCGAGUCCGCAGGUGCACACCGACAGACAGGUGGAGCUGCUCGCGAAGACAAUCCAGCCAAUCUGUGCAUUCAUGGUGCUUGUCAGCAUCGCUGUGCAUGGCUUGUCGAUCCCUGGCUUCUCGCUCGGCAAGCGCGUCCACUCUGUUUCGCGAACCUGGUCGAGGCAUACGACGACGACGGCAGCGCAGCGGCCGGAUUGGAUGGACCAUGUGAGACACGCGGAGCAAGGAGAAGUCAUCGUCAACCGUGACGGAGAGCGGCGUGUGGGUGAUCUGGAAAUGGGCUUGGAGAGAGAGAAGGGAGAGGGAGAAACGCUGGAUGGCAGGCCGUUGGAGGACAUUGAUAUCAUCACUAGCGAGAGCCCGACAGCUGUGGGCACCCGGCAAGGGUCUCAGGAAGAGAAGCCGGUGGAAAACGGGGCCGAAAGCCCACCUGAUGGAGAAGCAACGGUAUACGAGUGGCAGCAAGGACCGCAUAAAGUCAUAGAAAGGAGAGCAGGGCCGGGCGAGGAGGUUGAGGUUGAAGUCAUCAGAAACGUGAAUGGGCAAGAUGUAUCCUCGGCGUAUAAAGGAACAGAGGAGGUUGUACGUGGGUUGGUGCACAAGAUCAAGACCGUGCCCAAGGCUUUGGAGGAGGAUUUCGAUGACUUGGUCAAAGCUGCCGAGGAGAGGAUGUCCCUUUCACCACGCUCUCGACAUCUGCUGCAUGAGCCCACGGUCUCCUUCGAGCAAGGUGAUGACGAAGACGAGGGUUGGGCUUCAGAGCACGACGAGAGGGGAACGAGCCCAUCGUCUGAGCGAGGGGACAAGCGCAAGCGGAGCGGGCGAUCUUCGAAGAUACGACCGAUUCCGCGACGACGCGGGUCUGCGACUGCGAAUGCAGCAACCAGGAAGGGUAUCGUCGGGCGAGCGCAGCAGUUUGUACGAGAGCAUCGGCAAGGGCAGCAUCAUCAGGAGUUGCAAGAGGACAGCGCGUCGCCUCCUGUCGCUGGACCGUCCAACGUUCGACCGGAGAAUCAAUCCGCGCCAUCUGAAUCCGAACUCGCAGCCCUUGCCUCGCGUGUGUCUUCGCGAGACUUUGCGUAUGGGGGCAGGAUGGGUCGACGGUCGAGGCUCGAUAGCCUGAGAUUGCAGAGCGGGCGGCCGUCACGGGAUGCAUCGCCGGCGAGAUCGGUCAGAUUUGCGGAGGACGGAGAUCGAACCCCACGGCAUGCCAGUGGGACCAGUACGCCUCUUGUUUCUGCGUUCUCUGCGGCGGAGGAUGGUUUGGUCCGUGAGGAAGGGACUAAGGAGGAAGGGACCAAGGACUGAUCUGUUGAAAUCUCAUUUAGCAGUCUGACGCACAUGAUCUAUGCACGACGACCGACAAUAUGCUUGCUACUUAGAAGUUUACUAGCAUCACUGUACACUACAAUGCAUCUCUCGCUGAAUGUUCCGACGGAUGUCGAGUUCGGAGGAGAGGUGGGCAGUGGUCGAGACUACAUUCAUCACUGAUCACUUUCAUCCUGACAAGAAACCCCUGCGCCCAACUUGACCGCUUCCUGCUCAAGCCGGUUCCGGAAUCGAAUCAAGCUUGCAUGUUCUGUGUCCCGACAAAGGACGCGAAAGACGACACGAGGUCCCGGGCUCUUUCCCUGUUGCAUUUUGUCUACGAAUUCCUUGAGUAGCGGCGAGGAGCACUCAGCGCAUUGACAAAUCUGGAAUGAGGGUAGGAUGUCAACGUCAAGCACAACCUCGUCCAGCUCAGGAGAACGGGAGAGGAGGGAAGGCGGAAGAUCGAGAACAGGACGGAAGAGUCGAUAUGUCGAUGUUGGCGCGUGGAAGUAGAUUCCGUGGCCGAUCCUGAAUCGCCGUAGAGAGCUUAGAGUCUGUAAUUUGAGAAGGCAGAUAUUCUCUGGAAACCAUAUGUCGGGAUUCAGAUGAUGGGAGCGAGAAAACUAUGCUCCUACCUUCCAAUGACGAGCAUGGGUGCA